AUGGUGGCGCAAACAUCCAAGCCAUCGAGCCGCAGCUCUUCCUCGAUGCUCAAGAAGCCCUUCCAGGGCUGGUCCAAGGAUCUCCUUCGCGCGAGGGACGACGACGACGAUGACUACAACUUUUCGAGUGGUAUGCGCCGUGGAGCUCAAUACUACCAGAACGACGCCUGA